AAAAAGAAGAAGAAGAAGAAAGAAAAGAACUGUAGUUUUGUUUUGUUUGAACAUCAGGCGCAUUUCCAGCGUCUCCAGCUUGAAGGGCACGCUACUGCUGUGGUUCGCGCAUGCGCACAAGCCCCCGCCUCGCUUCUGCGCGUUUCGCAUUGUGUCUACAACAGCCGGCGAAGCGGAGAAAAAGAUAUUUUUACCGAGAGCCGUAAUGUCGGGCAGGUCGGUGCGCGCGGAGACCCGGAGCAGGGCCAAAGAUGACAUCAAGCGGGUCAUGGCCGCAAUUGAAAAAGUACGAAAAUGGGAGAAAAAAUGGGUGACGGUUGGCGACACGUCCUUGAGAAUCUACAAAUGGGUGCCUGUGAUGGAACCUAAACCCGAUGAUAAGAACAAAAACAAAAAGAAGGGCAAGGAUGAUAAGUAUGGUUCGGAAGUGACUACACCAGAAAACAGUUCUUCUCCCGGAAUGAUGGACAUGCACGAUGACAACAGUAACCAGAGCUCCAUCGCUGACUCCUCCCCUUUAAAGCAGGAGACCAGUAACAACACUAGUCCCACCCCUGAACCCAUAGCAACGGCUCAGAAUGACAGCGGCGAAGUGAAAAGCGAGCAUUUUCCCAGCAAACAGCCUUCGUCCGGUCCGGACAGCAAGACAGGAGCAAGUCAUUCCUCAUCAGAGUCCACAACAGCUAAAAGGGACGGCAAGUCCCAGGGAGAGCAAAAACACUUCACAGACUCCUCUAAAGCUGCUCAGCUGUCUACAUCAGGCGUACUGAUGGUGGAUUUGUUUCCUCAGCAGGAUAUGGAUGAUGGUGCUCCUCCGAGCAAGAAAGGCAAAUCGGACUCCUCCUCAGAAGCCAACUAACCGUCUUUGCCAACUGUUACACGCUAGUGAUCUCCCUUUCGUCUCCCUGUACGCUUUUUGAGUCUUUUUUUUAAAUUAUUAUUUUUUAAUCCAAACACCAAGUUGUACAUGUAUCUAUUCAUCAAUUUCAAUUCAUUCUCAGACACACAGUUAUCCCCUUACAGUUGCUUUACAUUUCACGAGGGGAGGGGAGGGGAGGGGGUUAAUCACGGCUCGCUCUGUCAUAACAUCACCAUUUCAGUUAGUCCUUGUUCCACACGGCCACUCGAUGUUUCAAAGCAAAUGAUCUAAUCUUUUUUUUUUCUUUUGCUCAGGAGGGUCAACACACUGUUAGCGCUGAAAUCGAUUCUGCUGCUGUAGUUCAAAGAGGUUUUUUUUUUUUUUUUUUUUUUUAAGUCCAUGAAUAGCUAGUAAAAUGGCCGAUUUAAGGUCGUGAGUGAGUGGUACUAGUCACAGAUUAAAGUCUGCUGUGAAGACUGUAGCUCAUAGCAUACGUCCUGCUUGGUUGUGUGCCUUGUGAUAAUGAAAUAAGCUUGUUUAGUUUGUUUGUUUGUUUUUUUUUAUUACUUUUUUUUUUUUUUUAAUUUUUAUUUCAAUGUCUCAUGCAUGUCCCGGAAUUAUCUUUGCAAACUUUUCCCAGGAAAAAAAAAAACCUCCCUUCAUUUCCACUAAAGUGCAGUCAAAAACUGUGACGGUGCAAACCAAGCUUUGAAAUGCAGGUCACCAUUUCAACAGCGCCACAACCUUAGAAAGUGCACGACGACAAUUCUGACCGCGAACCCAUCAGAUCCAUCAAGUGUUCGUCUUUCUCUGGCGAGCGCCCGCCAUCAAGACUCAGCUUGUGUGGCUGUCCGGGGAUGGGGGGAUGGGAUUGGGGGGGUGUAGGGGAAAGAAAGCGAUUUUCAUUAGACGUUAACAGGCCGGUUACGGAUAGACAGCUGUGCAAAUACCUCACACUCAGUCCAGCAGUGCUGGCGUAUAAACACUAAGUAUGACUUUUAGAGAAACAAAAAAAAAAAGAAUAAUAAUCACUCGGAUGUGUCUGCUUGCAAAAUAUGUAUAUAUUUAUACGAUAACAUUUUUGUUAUUACACUUGAUUUUUUUUUCCUUUUUGCCACAAUAUUUCGCCAAAAUAUUGCCUUCUCGUAGUUCAAUCUAUGAACCUUUUAGCGAAAAUGUACUCAUUGGGACCAUUAUUUUUCACUCUGCUUUAGAAAUGUCUUGUACAGAAGUAUGGUUGUGUUUUCAUUUAUUUAUUCCACAGUAGUUUUUGGUUUUAUAAUAAAAAAAAAUUAAAUAAAUUUCCUUUGAAUAACCUUGAUUCUGUCGUUUUGUUCACUAAACCAUCAAACUGCCUUUUAUUCAAACUGAAUUUAAACACUGGGUCGACUCUAUUAAAAACGAUCAGGCAGUCUACUACACGCAGCAUAUCACAGACAUUAUAAGUCGGAUAAGUUUCCAUUGAAGGUCCUUUGAUAGAAAUAUUAAAAGUUGUGCCGUGGUCUUUGUACAUCUCUAAAAUGACAAUCUGUUGUGUUAUUUUUUCCAGAUCAGAAUUCCCAUGUGUUUAUACUGUGUUAUUGUUGGACGCGAAGGGGAUGUG